UGAAUGUGAUUGUUUUCGCUCGUUUCCAUCAGGAUGGCGGAGGUCAGGAAAAGAGAGGAGCUGCCUGAGGAUGUCGGCUCAGACGACUGCCUGGCUUCAUACACACACAUCUACAGUCCAGACUUACUGAGAGAUCAAGUGGCUUUCAUCACAGGAGGCGGGUCUGGAAUUGGACUUCGUAUAGCCGAGAUCUUCAUGAGACACGGCUGUGAUACUGUGAUAGCCAGCAGGAAUUUGGAGAAGCUCAAAGAGGCGGCGCUGAAGCUGUCGUCUGCGUCGGGGCGACGCUGCCUCCCGCUGCCUAUCGACGUCCGGCAGCCAGCGAGCAUCAUGGCGGCUGUAGAUGAGACGCUCCGAGAGUUUGGCCAUCUGGACAUCCUCAUCAACAAUGCUGCUGGAAACUUCCUCUGCCCUGCUUCGGCACUCUCCUUUAACGCUUUUAAAACCGUUCUAGAGAUAGACACCAUGGGGACGUUCAACACCAGCAAGGUGGUUUAUGAGAAGUGGUUCAAGGAUCACGGAGGCAACAUAGUCAACAUUUCUGCCACGCUUGCGUACCGAGGACAGGCCCUGCAGGUGCAUGCUGGCUCUGCUAAAGCAGCUAAUGAUGCCAUGACGAAGCAUCUGGCUGUAGAGUGGGGGCCCAGCGGGGUGAGGGUCAACGCUGUGGCCCCAGGACCGAUCUCUGGCACUGAGGGUUUCCGCAGGCUUGGAGGUUCUGGUGCCGAGGCUGCAGGUUCCUUCCAGUCCAUUCCUUUGCAGCGAGCUGGCAACAAGACGGAGAUGGCCCACUGCACGCUCUUCCUGGCCAGCCGGGCGUCCUCCUACAUGACCGGGGCCGUCCUGGUGGCGGACGGCGGGGCGUGGUUGACCUCGCCCAACGACGUCUCGGCGCUGUUGGGUAUAGCCUCCUCUAAAUCCGCUAAGCUCUGAGCAGGAGCUCUCCUGUCCUCCUCCUGACCAGGUUACUGGUCACCUGAACAGAGGAAGGACAAGUGAUCGGGAAAAAUCAGGACCUUUCUAAAGCAACGAUGCAGUUUACGAACAAUGGUGGAGGUUUAUUAUGCACACUGGUGCCUUUGGUGUGUGUUGCUAGGAGUCUAGUAGAUGCACAAAUAAACCAUAUACAUGUGAUCUAUAAGUAAAGGAACAAUUCAUCUAAUUGUGAAUGAAUAGUUUAACCAUUCCAGUGGUCAGUACGGUCAUAAAUUUCCCUACCGUCCUGUUUUUUAUUCCAAGUCUUUGUACUCACCAAUAAAAACCUUUCUAAUCAGCUUUUA